GCGAUUUUUGAGUCUGCUUUCUUAUGCAUUUAACACGUACGCAGCGUCACUUGCAUUAAGCAUACUCGUCAACAAAACAAUACAACUGAAAUCUGUCACACUGAACAAAGAACUGUUGGACGUUUACUUUACAUCGUACGAUCUGAGGCGUUUACUAAUGUACAGUAACAAUAUGACGGAUUAUCAUUUAAUCACGGAUUUAUUGCCCGCGUUAGGUCGCCUAUACUUCUUAAAUAUGAUGGGCGAUACUCAUUUCUCUGCAGCGCAAUCGGCAAUCCUGUUAGGCUUGGGUUUGCAACACAAAACUGUCGACAAGCUGGCAGAAGAGUUGCAUUUACCCUCUCCACAGUUGCUCGGUCUAUUCAAUCGUACUGUACGUAAGUCAACGCAGUACUUGCAUAGCAUCGCAGAACAACACUUGGAAAACACUAUGAUGACCAAAAAAUCAUCGGUGAACGGACAAGUAAAAGUGGAUCCUUCAGGUGCACAGAAUCUGCAUGAAGAAUUAGAGAGCGCAGCUAAGGAAUUGAAGAUCAAACAAAAAGGAGAAUUAGAGAAAUUAAAGAAAGAAAAUCUGGCGCAGUACGCUAUUAAGGGCUCGGAGGCGGAGUGGACCAGCACGUUAUCUGGUAAACAGAGUAAAAAUCUCGUUUCUAUCAAGACCGGUGAGAAAAGGCCGACCGAAGCCAGCGUAUACGAGAAAAAAUCUAAGAAGAAGAAAAAGAGGUUUUCUUCAAAUAUAUAACUCCUUGUUUGAAUCUGCAAUAUUUGAAGAAGAUACCGAAGAUUUCUAUAAUUUUUAAAUAAAUAUAUUUUAUAUAUCAUAUUUAUAUAAAUCGUCCUGUAUUUAAAAGAA